UUGUCAAACUACGUCUACAUCAAAAUAUCUCAUAUAUGUUUUGAAUUAUUGAGAUGUGGUUAAUGAUUUCUGAAAGCAGUAGCUUAAUAACUCAAAUUGCAACUAGUAGACCGACCUUUGCUUGGUGAGUGUGUGUGUGUGUGUUACUGUGCACACCCUUGUUUGUGCUUUUGUAGGCAUGUAGUGUAUAUACAUUUAGUUUACUAAUUUUCUAACAAACUCUAAUUCUAUUUUAGGCAUCAUGGGACCGGAUGUAUGCUGUUUUAAAUAUUACACGAAGCGGUUCCCCGUGAAAAGAGUUCGAUCCUAUAAAAAAACCAACCCCAACUGCCCUAAAAAGGGGGUGAUCUUCAUCACUGUGAGGGGCAAGAAGGUGUGUGCCAACCCAAAUGUCCAGCAGACCAAGGACAUUAUGGAGAAACUGGACAAGCUGUGGUAAACGUAACCCACCUCCAGUUGUUGUUAACACGUGACCACCAGCAAGGUCCACCAGCACAAGCUCGAAAGAGUUAAAAUGGAAGUAACGUUCUGUUAUUCCGUAGCUUUUGCACAGAAAUAUUCUGUAAUUUCUCCACUGAAUUUCCCUCAGCGCAGCCCUUCAAGAUAAGAUCUGCAGACAAAUAAGCUUGGAUAAACCUAAGAAUUCCUCAUCUUUGUAUUAAUCUGA